CAAUAAAAAGUUGUGACAAUGUAUGACACGGAGUGUCUCUGCAUUCAGUGAUGGCAUACAUGUGUGUGAAGUCAUCGAUCACUGGAUGUGCUAUUUUUGUGAACAAUUGAGAUCACAUCACAAAAUCAUAAUAAUCAUCAUUUGAUAGUUCGCUCAAAUCACUCGCCGACAUCACUCAUGUCAUCCAAGGGUCGUGUUGUGACCGGAACUGAUGGCAGCGAUUUCGGCCACAGACAGACCGUCGCUAAACACUAUCAGAUCAGUGCACUGAAUAAGUCUCGCCUCAAGUUCUGUAUAUUUCUUCAUUAUAUUCUCUUUCUUGUGCUGAUGUGUAAGCUCUUGGAUGACAUAUUGGACAGACUGGAUAUCUUCAUAUUAGAGCUUCAGGAGCUAUACAUACCGAAGCCGCGACUCUGGGAGUGGUUAUGGGCGUCGAGUGUUGUCCUAUCGGUAUUCGGGUUGUCAUCGCUUCGGACCAAUAAUUUGUCUUCAAUUAGGUUUUAUGCAAUUAUGACAUUCGUUUUGUCAUUACUUCCCGUCUUAUAUGCGGCGGUCUAUUAUUUCAAUGACUUGUGGAACUUCAUUGAGACCCGAGAUCUAUCGAAAGUCAAAGAAGUGUGGAACGGCUUACCGGUGGCACUCAUUUGGUACACAUUUCUUGUUGUGGCUCUUCAGGUGCACCUCUUUCAGCUGUUCUUCUCAAUUAAACUAUGGUUUGCGUGGAAUGUCAAGAAAGUUACCAAAAAAGCCAAUUAAUGUUAACUUUAAUUUUAUUAAAUUAUAUAUAUAUUUAAAUUGGA